AUGAUUGAGAUUAUGAGUCAAUUGAAGCUAGACCACCAUAGAAAACCUGGAAACACUGGAUGGCCGUUUCAUCCUAUUGUGGGACUCCUCAGCAGUGCGCAUCCACGAUCCCGCACCCCACGGGAUUCGAACCCAGGACCUACUGGUUUAAUUGAGAAGUUAACAUUUUCAUUUUCAAUAACAGUAUAACCGACUACUUAAUGCAGAAAUUAAUUAUUCCACAAGCAUUCAAUCAAUCCAUUCUGAUGACCUUGUUUUUGAUUGAUUAUCUUUGUUGGUUAUAUUAUCUUUAUUUAAUAGUAUUCAUCUAUACAACAAAUAUUCUACAUCAUUUCAUAUUCCCAAAACUAUAUAUGAAGAACAGUAUUUAGGCAUAGUUAUAUACCGAUUGUAUUUAAGCAUUGUCCUUUACUAUUAUCAUCUAUUUUUUUUGUUUGUUUGUUAAUAAAACUUGUUUCUUCUAUAUAGAAAAAGGGGAUUGAAUAAAGAAAGAAAACAACUGGAGCAGAACAGAAUGAAUUCAUUUUGUUUUGGUAAAAGUUAUUCUUUAUCAAUUUGCAACCAUA